AUGGCAGGGGAUGGUCCUCCUUCACCUUUGGCCCCACCACUGCUAACUAUACCACCAGAGGUGAAGUUGGAACUGGUUGACUUGCCUAAGAAGUCUAUCAUUACACGGCCUGGAUUUGGGACUUGUGGCCGUCAAUUACCUGUGCUCACAAAUCACUUUAAAGUUUCCAUCAGAAAUCCAGAUGAAGUUUUUUUCCAAUACAACGUUUCUAUUAAUUAUGAAGAUGGUAAGGUGGUUGACAGUAAGAUUAUCAGGAGGAAAGUCAUUGAUCAACUCUACCAAUCGUAUUAUUCAGAACUUUCUGGGAAGAGAUUUGCAUAUGAUGGUGACAAGAAUCUAUAUGCAGUGGGUCCCUUACCGCGUAACAAGCUUGACUUCAAAGUGGUUCUUGAGGAAUCCAUAAUUACCAACCGCGCGAACCCUUCUGAUAAUGGAAGCUUGAAGGAGUCUAGCAAGAGGUCUAAGAGCUCCAGACACUCAAAAGCAUUCAAGGUGGAGAUAACUUUUGCUGCCAAAAUACCCUUGAAGUCUAUAUCGCUUGCCCUUCAAGGUGCUGAACCAGAAAAAGAUCAAGAUGUCCUGAAGGUUUUAGAUAUCGUUCUUAGGCAACAGUCAGCUAAUCGAGGGUGCCUUUUGGUUCGACAGUCAUUCUUUCAUGAUGAUUCACGGACUUUCACUGAUAUUGGAGGGGGUGUGACAAGCGUGAGAGGAUUCCAUUCCAGCUUUCAUCCAACUCUUGGCGGUUUAUCUCUAAACAUGGAUGUGUCAACAACCAUGAUCUUAAAACCGGGACCUGUUAUGGAUUUUCUUCUUGCUAACCAGAAUGUGAAGGAAGCUCGGGAAAUUGACUGGUUGAAGGCCAAAAUGAUGCUCAAGAAUAUGAGGGUCAAGGCAAGUCAUAAUAAUAGGGAGUUCAAAAUUACAGGUUUAAGUGAGAAACCUUGCAAUCAGCAGCUUUUUUCGAUGAAAGUGAAAGGUGAUAGUGCUGCCAGAGACAAUGACGAGACCCUGGAGAUUUCUGUGUAUGACUAUUUUGUUAAGCACUAUAACAUAGAGCCCAAACUUUCAGCAUACAUGCCAUGUCUUGAUGUUGGGAAACCUAAACGACCAAGCUACCUGCCACUAGAGCUCUGUUCUCUAGUUUCUCUUCAGAGAUACAGUAAAUCAUUAUCAGGAUUGCAAAGAGCCUCUUUAUUUGAGAAAUCGAGGCAGAAGCCACCUGAGAGAAUUCAAGUUGUAACUGAUGCUGUUAAAAAGUACUGUUAUGACGAGGAUCCACUCCUUGACACUUGUGGUGUAUCAAUUGAAAAGCAGCUUACUCAAAUAGACGCAAGGGUUUUGGAACCACCGAAGUUGAAGGUUGGCGACAGCGAAGAUUGUGUACCACGAAAUGGCAGGUGGAACUUCAAUAAUAAGAAACUUUUGAACCCUAUCCAGAUAAAUCAUUGGGCGCUUGUCAAUUUCUCUGCACGUUGUGACACCAGCCAUCUUUCUCGGGAACUCAUCAACUGUGGGAGGAACAAGGGCAUUCAUAUUGAGCGUCCUUAUACAAUAUUCGAGGAGGAUCACCAGUGUAGAAAAUCUAGCCCCGUGAUACGCGUAGAACAAAUGUUUGAGCAGAUUAUAGCCAAGCUACCCGGCCCCCCUGAGUUUCUGCUCUGUGUUCUGCCAGAGAGGAAAAAUUCUAAUAUUUAUGGUAGUCCCUGGAAGAAAAAGUGUCUGACUAGCUUGGGUAUUCCCAACCAAUGCAUUUCUCCUUCCAAGAUCAACGACCAAUACCUAACAAAUGUGCUACUCAAAAUCAAUACCAAGCUAGGGGGAACCAACUCAUUGCUAGCAAUAGAGCAUCCCCAUGGUAUUCCACUUGUUAUGGAUCAGCCGACCAUGAUAUUGGGAAUGAACGUCUCACACUGUUCCCCCGGUAGAUAUGAUAUUCCAUCAAUUGCUGCUGUUGUGGCUUCUCGAAGUUGGCCAUAUAUAUCUAGGUACAGAGCAUCUGUAAGAACUCAAUCCUCGAAGGUGAAGAUGAUAGAGGCUUUGUUCAAGCCGAUGGAGGAUGGAGAUGAUGAUGGAAUUAUGAGGGAACUGCUUCUGGAUUUUUAUAAGACCAGUAACAAAUGUAAACCAACCCAAAUUAUUAUUUUCAGGGAUGGCGUGAGUGAGUCACAGUUUGCUCAGGUUUUGGACAUCGAGCUCGAGCAAAUCAUCAAGGCCUAUCAAUAUCUUGGUGAGCCGGAUGUUCCAAAGUUCACUGUGAUAAUAACUCAGAAGAAUCAUCAUACCAGGCUAUUCCAAGCUUCAGCUUCAGAAAACGUCCCAUCUGGUACCGUUGUGGACACAAACGUUGUUCAUCCUAAAAAUUAUGAUUUCUAUAUGUGUACUCACGCAGGGAUGAUUGGAACUUCUCGACCCACCCAUUAUCAUGUCUUGGUCGAUGAAAUUGGUUUCUCACCUGAUGAACUGCAGAAUCUGAUCCAUUCACUUUCAUAUGUAUGCCAGAGGAGCACUGCUGCCACCUCUAUAGUUGCACCAGUAAGUUAUGCACAUCUUGCAGCCCAACAAACGAGACAAUUUCUCAAAUUCGAAGACUCGUCCGAAACACCUUCUGGACAAAGUGUUCCUGUUCCCCAGCUGCCAAAGCUCCACAAAGAUGUUGCAGGAUCCAUGUUCUUUUGCUGA